GUACUCCAAUAUUGAUUCUCCUGCAAACUUUAAAAAAAAAUUGCACAUAAAUAAUCUGGAUUUUAGCGCGCGUUUAAUUUCGAGGCUUCCGAUCUUUUUUGUACUUCUCUUUCUUUCUCGCGAAUGGGAAAAGAAAUUAUGGGUGGCUCCGCCGCUACGAAUUCCGCUGCCGUAUUGUUUAUUUUGGCUUUGAUCUUUGCUGCUUCAGGCGCUGCCGAUGUGGAAGCAAUCGCCGGAAGUAAUGUGGAAAAUUGUCAAGUUAUAAAUGCCACUCCUGGAGUGCUGGUCGACUCUGUUCCAUCAAAAGAUAUUGUGCGCUGUGCACGUGUCAAUGUUUCUGGUCUAUCAAGACUGAAACUCGGGAGUUAUUCUAGUGCCCACAGGAUCACCUUGGUCCCAUCAGAUAGCAUACAUGAGAAAUCCCACAAGAAAAUUCAAAUUUGUUUACACAGAAAUGCCUCACUUGGACUGUGUCAAUGUGAGAAUGGCUACUGGGAUGGUAUCCAUGGUGGAAUAUGGAGCACUACACUUUCCCCAUAUGAAGAUGGAUUCAUUGAUGUGAAGUUUGUUGACAACUUGUUUGGUUCAGUGACCGUCAGCACUAAAUUAGAGUUCCAUAGCUGGCGGUUAAUUUGUCUAGCCAUUGGUUUCGUUUUACUGCUUCUGGCACCAAUUGUUAGUAGCUGGGUUCCAUUUUACUACAGCAGUUCAAUGGCCAUUGGAGUUUGUCUUGUUGUCAUAAUUGUUCUCUUCCAGGGAAUGAAAUUGUUGCCAACUGGCAGGAAAAGCGCUCUCUAUAGUACCAUUUGCGGCUUGGCACUUGGAGCAGGGUCCUUUUUACUGAACAGAUUGUCUAUAUUUGUCAAUUCUGUGCUUGUCAACUUUGGCAUCAAUCAAGAGAUGCGCAACCCUGUGCUUGUAUUUUUGCUAGUCGGCGUUGUACUGUCUGGGGCUGCUUUUGGCUAUUGGCUUGUACGGAAAUUUGUUGUUGCUGAUGAUGGAAGUGUGGAUGUUGGUGUAGCCCAAUUUGUGAAAUGGGCUUUACGUGUAGUAGCUGUGACUUUCAUUUUCCAGAGCACACUUGAUAUUCCAAUGGCAAUGGGACUGCUGAUGUUACUUUCAGGAUUAUACUUUUCUCUCACUUCUUUUAACUGGCUUGGCUUCAGUGAUUCAACAUUUUCACCAGACUUGAGUCCUCCAAGAAGAAGAGGUGUAAGAGUAAGUAAGACUAAGCGUGCUGAAUUCUUCAUAAGGUCUGAAACCACGACCCCCCGAGGAAGUCUGCGGAAAAGUUAUAAGGGUUCACCUACAUAUACAAAUUCUCCUUUGUUAGGUGUGGCGACUCCAUCGAGUUCAGUUGACUACUACUCGACUUUCCACAGAACGGCCAACAAAAAGAAAUAUUCCCAGGAAGAAUGGAAGGAUUUCACAGAGCGAAGUACGUACCAGGCUGUUGCAGAGUUGGCAUCAUCUCCCCAAUUCACUGACUGGGUCGUGAAAGAUGCAGAUAGAAUACAGCUCCAGUCAACAGAGAGAAGCUUCAAUGAAUCUGUUGGAAGCGGGUCAGAUUCGAAUGAGGACAAUGUUGCAGCAAGCAGUAGUGGCAGAAGCGGUCUAUCGUGGCGACGCCCAUGUUGGGAAUUCUGUUUCUCUCUCUUUGUUGGCAUGGGAUUCCCUUCUGAUGUACAGAAUAAUGGCGGCGGAGGUGGGAGUUUGAAUACACUCGUGAGGAGGAAACAGGUUGAUUCUAAGCAUGUGUCCUCUUCUGGGAGUCGCCAAAAUCAGUUGGCCAGGGCUCUCACUGCACCUCAUCUCAUUGCCAUAGGAGUUGGUGCAACAAUUGGUUCCGGUGUGUAUAUUCUUGUUGGCACAGUUGCUAGAGAGCAUUCAGGGCCAGCUCUUACACUUUCAUUUCUCAUAGCUGGAAUAGCUGCUGGCCUUUCUGCUUUCUGCUACGCUGAGCUAGCUAGUCGUUGCCCUUCUGCUGGAAGUGCCUAUCACUAUUCCUACAUAUGCAUCGGAGAAGUUGUUGCCUGGUUGAUUGGUUGGGCACUGAUGCUGGAAUACACCAUAGGAGGUUCAGCAGUGGCUCGUGGUAUAUCCCCAAAUUUGGCCUUGCUUUUUGGAGGUCCAGAUAGUCUACCUUCUUUUCUUGCUCGCCAGACAAUCCCGGGAUUUGAUAUUGUUGUCGAUCCAUGUGCAGCCAUCAUAGUUGUUUUGGUCACUGCGCUUUUGUGCCUGGGAAUUAAGGAGAGUGCAUUAGCCCAAGGGAUUGUUACUUCUGUGAAUGUAUGCGCCUUGGUAUUUAUCAUCGUGGCCGGUGGAUAUUUAGGCUUCAAGACCGGAUGGCAUGGGUACGAACUCCCUGCCGGAUACUUUCCCUUUGGGGCUAAAGGGAUGCUUGCUGGUGCUUCAACCGUCUUUUUUGCAUAUACAGGGUUCGACUCCAUCACAAGCACAGCAGAAGAGGUGAAAAACCCUCAAAAGGAUCUGCCAAUCGGCAUUGGCUCUGCUCUAUCCAUAUGCUGCACCCUUUACAUGUUGGUUUCUGCAGUCAUCGUUGGUUUGGUACCCUAUUAUGCAAUGGAUCCUGACACCCCGAUUUCCUCUGCAUUUGCUAGCCAUGGAAUGCAAUGGGCAGCGUAUAUAAUUACUAUUGGAUCUUGUACUGCUCUUUGUGCGUCAUUGACUGGGUCUUUGCUUCCGCAGCCGCGGAUAUUAAUGGCAAUGGCCAGAGACGGACUGCUGCCAUCGUUUUUCUCAGAUAUCAACAGAAGCACACAAGUUCCUAUUAAAAGCACGAUUGUGACCGGAUUCCUUGCCACAAUCUUGGCCUUCGUCAUGGAUGUAGAACAGUUGUCAGGAAUGGUUAGUUUGGGCACGCUUCUUGCAUACACGACUGUAGCAAUUUGUGUGCUGAUACUGAGAUAUGUUCCACCGGAUGAGGUGCCAUUUCCAUUAUCUUAUAAGGAAGCAAUCGAUUCAGUUUCUUCGCGGCGUGCCAUCAGCAAUAGCCCUGCCGACAUCUGCGUGGAGCACCCGAAAGUUUACUCCUUGAAUACUCCAUUUUUAGUCCGGAAAGAAACCACAUCUAUUAGAUGCCCUUCUAUAAAUAGGGGUUGGAACUUCCUCGUGAAUAAAAGGAAUCGGCGGAAUACUGCUGGUUGGGCUAUUAUGAUCACGUGCAUUGGCAUACUUAUUUUCACUUGUGCUACUUCAUUCUCGAGCCUCUCAAGCAUUCUCCGAACUACAUUUUGUGGCAUUGGCCUGCUUCUCCUUCUCUCGGGUCUCAUAAUGCUCACUUUCAUAGAUCAAGAUGUAGCGAGACAUAGUUUUGGGCAGGAAGGAGGUUUCAUCUGUCCGUUCGUCCCACUGCUUCCGGUAACUUGCAUUCUCAUCAACAUGUACUUGUUAGUCAACCUCAGUGCGGCGACUUGGACCCUGGUCUCGAUAUGGCUGGCGCUGGCGCUGCUCGUCUACGUGUGCUAUAGUUGCAGGCGAAGCCCGUUGAAGCACGCGUAUUACGUCCCCGCGGCUCAUGUCGAUGAAAUCUACGAGGCAUCAGCCCAGGCAGGCCAUAAUUUGAAUGUGCAUUGAUGAUGCACUCAACGAGUGUUGUUGCCCUGACGAUUGAAAGCACUGUUGUAUUAUUUGAAAUUUAAAAAUUAAAAUUGUACAUAACUUCAUUUUUUGUAACGUAAUACGCAACCUAAAUUGAUUAUGAAUAAUACUCCAUGGUGAAUGUAUACAAUAUUUCAUUGAAACUUUA